AUCCAGCAACACCUCGCUCGAUUACUAAUAAAAAAACGAACUUCGUCAGCCUGGAAUGAGGAGUUAACGUGUUCGCCGUAACAGUGUUCUUCUUCCUUGGUCAUCCCGAAAGAGAAGACAGUGACGCGUCCUUUGUCUGCCGAUUUGUGUGUGUCCCUUUGUGUUCGGUCCUUCGUAUUCCUUCCCCCCGGGAAGUGUCCUGUGAGACGACGCACAAUCCCCAAACUACCACCGCACCAUGGAGCUGCUGACGGUGCCGUUGAAAAAACCGACCGAGGUGGACAUUGCGAAACCACUGAAAACGCUGAUCCAGAGCAAUUACCGGAACCUCGAGGCGGACAAGCUGAAUGCCAUCAAUGAGGCGGUGUCGGAGUUGAACCUGCUGCGGAAUGCGGCCGUCUGGAAGGUGUUUGAUCGGCAGGAGGCCGGCCUGGAGAUUAACUAUCGCUACCACGAUCAGCUGCGUGCACUGGAGGCAAAGAUUCCGGUGCAGGAGCUGCAGGUACCGUUCAAAUGGAAGGACGCCUUCGAUAAGGGCACCAUCUUCGGUGGUCGCAUGAGCCUGACGCUCACAUCGAUCGGGUACGAACGAACGUGUGUCCUGUUCAACAUUGCCGCCCUGCAGAGCUGCGUGGCGAGUGCCCAGAGUCCGGACAACGAUGAGGGCCUAAAGCUGGCGGCCAAGCUGUUCCAGCAGAGUGCCGGUAUUUUUACUUUCCUGAAAACGUUCGCUUCCGCCACGGUGCAGGGCGAACCGACGCCGGAUCUCACGCAAGAUAGCCUGGCCGCCCUGGCCAACCUUAUGCUGGCCCAGGCGCAGGAGAUUUUCGUCUUCAAAGCCAUCAAGGACAACAUGAAAGAUCUGGUAGUGGCGAAGCUCUGCGCCCAGUGCGAGGAGCUGUACUCGGAGACGCUACGAUCGUUGCAGCGUGACGCGGUUCGCACGCUGUGGGAGAAGGAAUGGAUUCCGCAGGUGGCCGGGCGCCAGGCGGCCAUGCACGCACUCACCAUGUACUACCACAGUGCCGUGGCGAAGGCGAACAAAGCGUUCGGUGAGGAGAUCAGCCGGCUGCAGAAGGCGGUCGAGCUGUUCAAGACGGCCCAGUCACGUGCCUCGAAGCCAACCCUCUUCCAGGAGUAUGCCUCCCGGGCCCAGAAGGCACUGGCCGAUGCGAAGAAAGAUAACGACUUUAUCUACAACGAAAUCAUACCCGACGUCGGUACGCUGUCCGGACCGGGCAAGGCACCGCUGGCGAAGGUGAUCCCGAUGCCGGCAAACCUGAGCGAAGGGUUCACCGAUAUCUUCAGUCAGCUCGUCCCGGUAGCGGUCAAUCAGGCACAGGCGGCUUGUGAGGGCCGCAAAACGGAGAUAGUGAACGGAGAGAUCGUUCGUCUGCGCGAAGCAACGACGGCCAUGAAUGGGUUGCUUUCGAGCCUUAACCUACCGGCGAUCAUUGAGGUGACGGCUUCCGGUGCUAGCUUGCCACCGUCGCUCCAGGAGAAGGCUUCGGCGGUGCGCGAAAAGGGCGGUAUCGAGCAUCUGAAGGGUUUCAUCGAGCGGCUACCGGAGCUGUUUACGCGCAACAAGGAAAUCCUCGACGAAGCGUUCCGGAUGAUGGACGAGGAGCGUGAUUCGGACAAUCAGCUGAGGGCGCAGUUUAAGGAUCGAUGGACACGCACCCCCUCCGACAAGCUGGCUGCUACGUUCCGAGCGAACGGUGAAAAAUAUCGCAUCAUCAUCGAUAAUGCGACAGCAGCAGAUAAGCAGAUCCGCGAGAAGUUUGCUGCCCAUCGGCGCGGCAUAGAACUGCUAUCGAUGGCCGCUGAUCAGCUAGCGAAGGAGAUCCCAUCGGCAGGUAGCAACGCGAACCAGGCCUCCAACUCAUCGUACGCGCAGAAGUUGCGCGAACUGCUGGAAGCGGUCGAAACGAUGAAGGUAGAGCGCGAGUGCAUCGAAUCGGAGCUUAAGACACUCACGAUCGAUCUGAAGGAACGCUUCCAGACGGCUCUCGCCAAGGAAGGUGUCAUCAAUGAGGCCGCGAUCUCACUGUCGGAGAUUGGAAAGGUGAUCGGUCCACUGCAGGAGCAGGUUGGUGAAUCGUUGGCACGCCAGGAAACGCUGGUACGUGACAUUCGCUCCGCACACGAAGCGUUCACGGCGGAAUCGGGUGUCUCGACGGAUCAGCGUGAUCGCACACUGUCCGAGCUGGCAGCGGCGUAUGAUGUGUUUACCGAGCUGCACGGGUAUCUGCAGGAGGGCGAAACGUUCUACAACGGCCUCACGGAGAUACUGCUCGUGUUCCAGAGCAAGAUUAGUGAUUUCUGUUUCGCACGCAAAACCGAGAAAGAGGAGCUGAUGAAGGAUUUGACGCACGAAUCGAGCCGACAGGUACCGGCUGCCGUAACGCCCGUCAUUCCGACUCAUCACACGUCGACCACGGCCUCGGCACCCGGUGCUGGUGGCUCUUCGGCCCCGCCAGCAGCAGCAGCAGCUGCUGCUUCGUCGCCGCCACAAGCACCGAUCGCUGCCUCUCCUUAUCCACAGCAAAUUGCCGGCAUGCCAAUGCCGACCGGUGCCUACGGGGGUACCAUGGGUGCUGGAUUCACCGGUUAUGUGCCUCCACCGAUGCCCGCAGGCUUCAAUCCUUACGGAACGUUGCCCUAUCCGACCAGCUACACUGGGUUUCCACCGGGCGGUAUGAUGCCACCGGCCUACUACGGUACGUAUCCCGGAGCGUACGGUCAUCAGCAACAGCAGCAACAACCGGGUGCCCCACAUCCGAACAAUCCCGGCUGGCAGUAGGCGGCAGGCAGUGAAGAAUCACUUUAGAUGUUACGCUCGAAAGCAUGUGUCUCGGAGAAGUGUAUCUAUUCCCCCUCCCUUUUAUAACGUCGUUGUAGGCCUAAUGGCACGACAGUACUCUCACGAUAUCAUCAUUUAUUACGUCUCUGGAUCCAUCUGUUUUGCUUUCAUUAUGCGACUACGUUUCUUGUUCCCCUGGAGUCAAAAUAUAUUAAUAGUUUAAAGCACUGCGCUGUUGUAGACGAA